CGUCAAGUACAUGUAUGCACAUUUACUCCGGACCCCCGCAUUUGUUUCGUACAUAGAGGUAUGCGGAGAUUUCCCGACGUCGAAUGAUAUCACAUCCACAUGAUUUCCUCACGCAACGCGGGGUUCUCGACUGAAACCAAAGCUUUGAGCUCCGAAAGUUCGCCAUUGGAAAAGACGCUGAGGAACGUACAGUACAAUCGAGCAAUCCAUAGAUUUCCUAGAUGCCUCGCCCAACCACUCGGAAAGAAGUGCUUGGUCGACUGAAAGACGUCGUCGCAAAUGGAGGUACCAUCGUAGGAGCAGGGGCGGGCAUCGGACUAUCAGCAAAAAGCGUCGAAAAGGGCGGUUGUGAUCUCAUUAUCAUCUACAACUCGGGUCGUUUUCGAAUGGCGGGUCGCGGUUCGUUGGCUGGAUUGAUGCCGUAUGGAGAUGCUAACCAGGUGGUUGUGGAAAUGGCAAGCGAGAUCCUCCCUAUCGUGGAGAAUACUGGUGUCCUAGCGGGUGUUUGUGGUACAGACCCAUUUCGCUCGAUGCCGAACUUCCUACAGCAGCUCAAAGGGCUAGGUUUUUGCGGAGUGCAAAACUUCCCGACAGUAGGACUGAUAGAUGGAAAAUUCCGGCAGAACCUCGAAGAAACAGGCAUGGGAUACGACAAGGAAGUCGAGAUGAUCCGAGCAGCGCGUGAGAUCGAUCUGCUUACAUGUCCGUAUGUCUUCAAUGUUGACGAAGGCGAACGGAUGGCUCGUGCUGGUGCAGAUGUGCUGGUCUGCCACGUUGGGCUUACGACAUCUGGAUCCAUUGGGGCCGAAACGGCACUGAGCCUUGACGACUGUGUCACUAUCAUCCAAGAUAUCCGGGACGCGGCCGUAAAGAUCAAUCCGGAGAUUAUCGUGUUAUGUCAUGGAGGUCCGAUUGCGGAACCUAAAGACGCCGAAUACGUCUUGAACCGCACGAAGGGUGUCCAUGGCUUCUUCGGGGCGAGCAGCAUGGAGAGGCUUCCAGUGGAGAUCGCUAUUAAGGAGAAUGCGCAGGCAUUCAAGCGCCUCAAAAUAAAGAAAUAGGUUGACCGUGAUCGACAGAGUCUCCUCUAACUCAAGGCAAGACUUGUGAUAUAUGUUUCCUUUCUUCCCGAUUAGCAUACCAUAGUCCUAGAGCAAUCACAUGGGAAAAAUUCCAGGCUACUUGUUUAUCA